CCCUCUUUUUCUGCCAUUUGUUUCCACUUCCAUCACAUCACAUCACUCUAUCUAAUUUAUAUUUAUUUUAUUAUUACAAGCAUUUAAAACUAAAGAAGUGGAAGAGACACACUAGCUCAACAACCACACACUUCUUAAUGGAAUUAGAACAAGCAAAACAAGAGUUGAAAAUGCUUGAAACCCUUUACCCAAAUCAACAUAACUAUCUCAAACAUGAACUUAGAACCUUCAUCAUUCAACAUUCCUAUUCACACCCUCUUCCACAAUACCACACCUCCCUCGCUUUCUUAGACACAGAAGAAUCUACCAACUUGGAGCAAACAAAGGGUUUAAAACUUGGUUUACCAGACAUAGAAGAAGUAAAGGAGAAGAAGGAUAUUGAAAGUUCUGAGCUUGAACCUCCCAAGAGUGUUGUUAUCAAGCAUAGCAGCAGGCAGAACAAGAGAAAAGAUAGGGUUGAUUUGGUUCUUGAAAGGGCACAAAAUUGUCUUAAAAAAAUUCGACAUUUUAAAACAUCCUUAUUUUCUCAUUCUUGAUUUUACUUUGUUAAUAUCAGUGAAUAGUUUAUUAGAAUGCUAUUUUGGGUGUUUUUUUUUUUUUUUGUUGUGGCAUUAUGUAAGCGACAAAUUAAGAUGUCAAUUUGUUCAUGUGAACGUUGAAAAGGUGCAACAUGAAAAAAGUUAUCUUUUUGGUUAGACAAGGUAUAAUGGAAGAACAAGAAGGGUCAGUUUUAGCCUUUAUUAAACUAAAUGCUGAUCUGUUCCUUUAUUAUAGUUGGGUUAAGUAUACGUUAUUUUCAUCAUUGCUUUAUUUUCUACAUAUUCUACAUGUAUAAUUUUAUAUUCUCUGUCAUCAUUGAGAUUAUUUCUUUGCAUAACCCGGGUGGAUACAUACAGGAAAGUGUUUUAUAGCUUAAUUGGACUUCCAAAUUGGAUUUUAAAGUCAAUUCUAUCUGUUGGGUAACACCUCAAUUACAAGAUGAACAAUGGUGAAUAAUGAAGAAAUAGAGA